UCCAUUCGUUUAAAUCUAUCACGAUUUCUCUCGCGCUUGACGCUGCUUCAGAGAAACCGAUAUCCUAUCCAUCCCAUUUGACUGUCGACCGGAUCGUCACCAAAAUUCGUCCCUUCCCUACACACUUCGGAACAUCCGAUUCCACCCUGGUCGUAUCUCCUUUUAUAUCACACUACCUUUCAACUUCAAUCAAUCUCUGCAAACAUGUCUUCGACAGACACUCCUGACCCUUCCACCACCCCAUGCUCUGCUACCGCAGCAGCAGCCACGACAAUUUCGUCUCCUUCGGAAACCUCCACCCCGUCUCCCGCCAUGUCCAACGCUACCACCACCACCGCUUCCUCCGCGCGUCGUCCCCAAAGGAAGAGCACUUUGACACAACAGCAAAAGAAUAACAAACGCCAGCGCGCGACUCAGGAUCAAUUGGUUACGCUCGAAGUUGAAUUCAACAAGAACCCUACCCCCACUGCCGCCACUCGUGAGAGAAUUGCUCAGGACAUCAACAUGACGGAGCGAUCCGUUCAGAUCUGGUUCCAAAACAGACGCGCCAAGAUCAAGAUGCUUGCGAAGAAGAGUAUCGAGACCGGUGAAGGGUGCGAUUCCAUUCCGGAAUCAAUGCGCCAAUACCUAGCGAUGCAAUUCGAUCCGAGCAAGCCUGGCGCAAGAGACCCCUUUGGCCGGACGGGGGGAUAUGGAGCCAAUGGAGUUUACCCGCAAGAGCCGACUCCUUCUGGCAAAGUUGUUAUCCACCACUUCACGUGCCGUUCCUUGACUAUCGGCAGCUGGCGCCGCAUUGGGCAAAAUGCGAUGGACCUUGUUGUCUUCUAUUCACCUGAAAAGGCAUGCAUGACUUAUUAUAUCAACAAUGAUUCUGCCGGAUACAAGAUCGAAUACCCCUUUGCCUACAUCAAGAACAUCACUUUGGAGUCUGGUGAUCAGACACCCGGGCCAAACGGCGCCCCCUCGCGGCCCAGCGGUCUCGUCGUGGAAUUGAACCGACCUCCCUUGUUCUACAUGGAUUCGUCCAACUCUGGUGGCUUUUACCAAUGCGGUGACUUCACGGAAGAUCAGCAAGCAAGCCAAAUUCUGGUUCAUCAUCUUGGGGGCCAUCCCAAGGUUCUCAGCGUUCAGCUCGCCAAACUGGUGUCCCUGGAGUCAUUCCAGAAUCGCCUCGCCUAUAACAACUUCGCUAUGAACCCGCCCAUGUCACCCCCUUUCAUUCAGCGUCCUGCGUCGCAACCGAAUCAAUUCGCGCAAGCGUAUCUGAAUGUGUUCCCUGAAACCCCGACCCAUCUGAGCGUUCAGGCAGCCCGUGGUCACAAGCGGCAACGGAGCCGUUCAGUUCCGGUAGCUGUCGACUUCUCUGCAAUGCAGGCGCCGCUCGCACAAUACAACUUCUCCCAGACCCCUGCACACUUCGGCCAAACAGACACAGGGAUCUUCGCUCCUAUUCCGCAAUCGACCCACCCGCUAGCUCUCAAUCUGCGGAUCGAUACAUCUGCUGCCUACGGGUUCGAUCCACGCACUCACCCCAUGUCGGCUACGACAACCGCCUCGCCGUCCGAGUUCGCUAGCCCAGGGCUUUUCAGCACGGGUGCAGGUGGUGAUUCGACCCCGGUUGCUACCAACAUGGGAACACCAUUCAGCCUGCCAUUUGUCACACCCACCGUCGACUCGACAGUGACACAUCAAACGGCCUCCUACCCUAGUGUCGGCCAUGCUGACCCUAUGAUUGCCAAUCAUUCGCCACCACUGUCGAACAUCUCCCACACAUCGCAAGACAUGUACGGCUUGGGUCAUGAGCACCAAACCAGUUAUUCGGAUGAGGGCAUGGGCAUGAAUGGAAUGUACACCAAGCACAACAUGACAUUUGGGGUUCCUCAAUCCAUGGGGAUCGAGAGCAGCGCUUUUGAUCUGCCCAUGCAGUCGAUGUCGGGACACACCUCCCCUGGUGUUCAUGGUGAAUUCCAGAGUCUGACUCUGGAGAAUGUGGAUCCCAACACAAUGGCACCCGGCUCCUGAGUCGGCUGUAUCGUUUGGACAGAGUUGGAACCUAGAUCUCGGCCUUGACCCUGUGCCGUCUGAAAGAUUGGCAUUCAGAUUGAUGGGUACGGCUUGAACCGACCGGGAC